AUAAUAAAUAUAUUUGACAGUUCACUUCAAAAAAACAUGAAAACAGUUUUAAUUAUUUAAUUUCGCAUUGAAUUAUAUGUAUAAUAGUUGGAGGUCGGCUAUAUUUAAUAUUAAACAUUAAUCAUUCUCACUUUGGUUCUCGAUGGAAAUCAUAAAGACCCCAAAAAUUGAAAAUGUUCGAAUGUUGGAUAGAUAUUCAAAAACUCCUUCACAAGGAACAUUGUAUUUAGCGGCAACGCAUUUAAUUUUUAAGGAUCCUGAUGAAAAGAAGGAAACUUGGAUACUCCUGAUGCAUAUUGCUAAUGUAGAAAAACUCCCACUUUCUACUACAGGAUCGCCCUUAUUAAUCAGAACAAAAACUUUCCUUUCUGUAACUUUUGUCAUACCUAAAGAGAGGGAUUGUCAUGAUGUAUUUACUGCUUUGAAUCAGUUGUCUCAACCAGCGAAUAUUGAGGAUUUAUACUGCUUCACAUAUACUGUUAGUGUAAGUGAUUCCUCCAAAUCUAGAGGAUGGGACUGCUUCAAUUUAUUAGCAGAGUACCAAAGAAUGGGGGUGCCUAAUGAACAUUGGAGUCUAACUGAGCUUAAUAGAGAAUAUAAGCUUUGUGAUACCUAUCCAAGGCACCUUUUUGUUCCAAAUACAGCAAACAAUUCAGUUUUACUUGGCAGCUCCAAGUUCAGAGCUAAAGGAAGAUUACCAGUACUAUCUUAUAUUCAUCACAAUAAAGCUAGUAUAUGUAGGUGUAGUCAGCCUUUGUCAGGCUUCAGUGCUAGGUGCUUGAAAGAUGAAAAAAUGCUUUAUCAUAUUGCUAAAACUAAUACCAAUUCAGCUAUUAUGUAUGUGGUGGAUACUAGGCCAAAGAUCAAUGCUAUGGCGAAUAGAGCAGCAGGUAAAGGAUAUGAGAAUGAGGCUUUUUAUGAAAAUAUAAAAUUUCAAUUUUUGGGCAUUGAAAACAUACACGUGAUGAGGAGUAGUCUGAAUAAGGUAGUUGAAACUUGCGAACAGAAAAAUCCCACAAUGAACAGUUUUCUCAGUGGGAUGGAGUACAGUGGUUGGCUGAAACAUAUCAAAUCGAUAUUGGAUACAUCUUGGUUUGUUGCUCAAGCAGUUGAGGAAGGAGUGACAGUUUUGAUACACUGCUCUGAUGGAUGGGAUAGAACUGCCCAAGUGUGUUCUUUGGCAUCCCUACUACUUGAUCCUUUCUAUAGAACAUUGAAGGGAUAUCAGACACUGAUCGAGAAAGAUUGGCUGUCAUUUGGACACAAAUUUUCCGAAAGAUGCGGCCACAUUCAAACAGACAGCAAAGAGAUCUCUCCUAUUUUCACUCAAUUUCUGGAUGCGACUUGGCAGUUGAUGCAGAACUUUCCUUGUUCCUUUGAAUUCAAUGAACACUUUCUGCUUACUCUACAUGAUCAUGUUCAUUCUUGUCAGUAUGGAACCUUCAUUGGAAAUUGUGAGAAGGAAAGGAUUGAGCUCAGAUUGAACGAGAGAACAUAUUCAUUCUGGGGUUAUGUAGAAAAUAAUGCAGAGGAAUGUUUUAAUCCUUUAUAUUCUAUAGAUGAUUCGCCAGGUCUGCUAGUUCCAAAUUUAUGUCCUCAGAACAUAAGAUUUUGGCGUGGAAUGUACUGUCGCUUUGAAAAUGGUGUACAUCCGAGAGAACCUCAGGAGGACUUGGUUCUAGCCGCUUAUGAUCAUACCAAUUUAUUGGAAAAUCAUUUCAAAUUCCUUUCCAAGAAAUUAACAGGACUGAGGAAUAUGAUAAUGAAGAAGAAAAAUCAAACCAGAGAAAUAUUAAAUGACCAUGUUAAUGUUGUGAAUAAUAGAUAUUUGAGGAAUAAUUCCUCGAGUGCUAUGGAACCCACCCAGGAACAUCCUUUAAAAAUUGAUUUCAAAGCAAGUGAUUCAAGAACGUCCGAUGAGGAUGUAGAUGGAAUUGAAAAGGAUCUCGAGAAUGUGGCAAUAGACUGGAAAUUGAUGAAUAGGGCCACUGAAUGCAGUUGUUCAUCUCCAUUUGAUAAUUUAAGUAAAAAGAAUUACUGCAGAAAAUGUGGUGAGGUCUUUUGUAUGAGAUGCAUUACAAAAAAAGAAAUCCCUGGACAAAUUGCACAAACUCCUAUACCCAUAUGUAAAUCAUGCUGUGAAAGUUUGGAGAGUUGAAGUGAGAAGAAUUCCAAUUUUGUGAUAAUUUUCAAUGUCAAAUUUAUUUAUUUGUUAUAAAUCAAUUUUAAAUGAUAUGAUAUAGGUUAUUUAUACAUCGAAUGUAUUGAAUGAAAUUAAAGCUAUUCAAUAAUAAUAAUUCUUGUUCAAA